UCCACGCUAGUUGUCGGGAGGGGAUUGCUGUUCUGUGGUCGCUGCUGGUACGGCUCUUCGAAAAUGAGCAGAAAGGAGGCUAAGAGUCACCUCCGCCCUUUCGAACGAGCCGUGAGCCUCCUUGUCAGCGUGGAGUGCGACAGUCAGUCGAGGUCACCCCGAGGGCAGGGAAGGGAUGGCGGUCGGCUGAGUCCGCGGGACCCGCCUCUGUCACCGCCUCUCUGGGCCCCCCUCUGUCCACAGGGUCCCGUGAUGGCGGCGGCGUGGAUAGACCCAGCACAGGUGUCUGUGACCUUUGAUGAUGUGGCGGUGACUUUCACCCAGGAGGAGUGGGGGCACCUGGACCCGGCCCAGAAGACCCUGUACCAGGAGGUGAUGCUGGAAAACUGUGGGCUUCUCGUGUCUCUGGGGUGUCCUGUUCCCAGACCUGAGCUGAUCUGCCAGCUGGAGCAGGAGCUAUGGACAGUGAAGAAAGACCUCUCGCAAAGCACCUGUCCAGAUGACAAAGGAAAACCCAACACCGUAGAAACUACCACUUGUGAGCCAGCCUUGUCCAAGGCAGUCUCACUUCAGGAACAAUUAACAGAAAGAGCUGGAGCCCUGGAAGACUCCCAGUUAGACCAAACCAAGGAUCAGAAUGGGCUAUUGGAAUUACAAGGAUACUUGAAACCAGAGGUAGACCCCCAGAAGGAGAGGAUCCCUAGGAAAUCUAAGUCUGAACAUGGCAGCUUAGGGACAGCUGAUGGUGUGUGUUCCAGGAUUGUACAGGAGCCAAUCCAUCCAGGAGGUGCUGUAGUUGACCAGGACUCAUACAGAUUAGGUGAAGAUCCCAUUGUUCAGGAGGAGGAAAAUAUCUUUAAAUGCAAUGAAUGUGGGAAAGUUUUUAACAAGAAACGCCUCCUUGCUCGACAUGAGAGGAUUCACUCAGGAGUGAAGCCCUAUGAAUGCACAGAAUGUGGGAAAACCUUUAGUAAGAGCACUUACCUCCUUCAACACCACAUGGUCCACACAGGGGAGAAGCCCUAUAAGUGCAUGGAGUGUGGGAAGGCUUUUAACCGCAAGUCACACCUUACACAACACCAGCGGAUUCACAGUGGAGAGAAGCCCUAUAAGUGCAAUGAAUGUGGAAAGGCCUUCACCCACCGUUCUACUUUUGUCCUCCAUAAUAGGAGCCACACUGGAGAAAAACCCUUUGUGUGCAAAGAAUGUGGAAAAGCCUUCCGCGAUAGACCAGGUUUCAUUCGACACUACAUUAUCCACAGUGGCGAGAAUCCCUAUGAAUGCUUUGAAUGUGGCAAGGUCUUCAAACACAGGUCAUACCUCAUGUGGCACCAGCAGACUCACACAGGGGAGAAGCCCUAUGAGUGUAGUGAGUGUGGGAAAGCCUUCUGUGAGAGUGCAGCCCUCAUUCACCACUACGUCAUCCACACGGGGGAGAAGCCUUUUGAGUGCCUUGAGUGUGGGAAGGCCUUCAACCACAGGUCGUACCUCAAGAGACACCAGCGGAUCCAUACGGGGGAAAAGCCUUAUGUGUGCAAUGAAUGUGGAAAGGCCUUCACCCACUGUUCUACUUUUAUCUUACAUAAAAGGGCCCACACUGGAGAAAAACCUUUUGAGUGCAAAGAAUGUGGGAAAGCCUUUAGCAAUCGGGCCGACCUCAUUCGACAUUUCAGCAUCCACACGGGGGAGAAACCCUAUGAGUGCAGUGAGUGUGGGAAGGCCUUCAACCGCAGGUCAGGCCUCACAAGGCACCAGCGGAUUCACAGUGGAGAGAAGCCCUAUGAAUGCCUCGAAUGUGGGAAAACCUUUUGCUGGAGCACAAACCUCAUUAGACACUCCAUCAUCCACACUGGAGAGAAGCCCUAUGAGUGCAAUGAGUGUGGAAAAGCCUUCAGUCGCAGCUCAUCCCUGAGUCAGCAUCAAAGGGUUCAUUCUGGGAGAAACCCUGUCAGUGUAACAGAAGUGGGAAGACCCUUCACAAGUGGGCAAUCCUCAGUCAACCUCCAAGAGCUCCUUUUGGGGAAAGACUUUUUGAAUGUAACCACUGAGGAAAAUGUUUUACCAGAAGAAACAUCUUACUCAGAAUCUACUCAUUCAUACCAAAGAGAAACCCCACAAUUUUCUUCCCUGUGAGAAAAUGUGUUGGAGGGUACAGUUGUCAUCUAAUGAGUCAUAUUGGAAAUCGACCCUGUGUAGAGUCCUAUUCUCCAUCUGAGAUUUCAUCCAGGAGAGUGACCCAGUAGUUAUUAUGCACUUAGAAAACGUUCACCUACAUCUGUCUCCUUAGUUUAUACUGCAGUGUUAUCUCAGGAAUUUUUUUUUUUUUAAAGAUGGAAGAGACUUAGAAGAGAAAAUGAACUACAGUUUCUUUCAGACUGCUUGCCAACCCUGUGGCACUUUGUCACUGAUUCCUUAGUUUAAUUGGCAGAAGGAAAGUUUUGUUCCAGAAGUAAAGGACAUAGGGUCUUUAUGUCUUGUACAUACAUUCAUUACUGUCCAAUGUCCAGAGAGUUUGCCAGUUCAGGGCAGGUCUGGAAACUUUCAUUGAACCUCUUGUUUGUUUUAAAACAUUGUCUCUACUGUUAAGGAGCUUAAUUUUAAUGAGAAAUAUGAAGGCUUGAGUUACCAAAUACCUAUUUAAGGAGAUAAGAAAACACAUAUGAAUAGGCACAUUUUUUUAUAUCAGUUAAGGCUGUUUAAGGCUUUGGUUAUUUAAAAACAAAUCUUUGAUGUGGUUUUAAAGACCUAAUACUCAGAUAUUUCCUUGGAUCUGUACUAUUGGUUUACUUGAUUGCUAUAGUUAUAUGAUAAAAUUUUUUAAUUGGGUAAAGUGAUUCUUCUUAUUCUUUAUUUAAAACUGAUUUAUCACUCCUAGUUACUUUGAAUUUCCAUAUAAAGUUUUAGAUGUAGUUGACUAUUUUUAUCAAAAAAAAAUCUUUAUUGAAUUUUGAUAGAAAUUGAGUUAAACUGGCAGAUCAAUUUGUUCAGAAUAGGCAUUUUUACUGUGUUGAGUCUCCAAUUAUUUAACAUGGUAUGUCUCUACAUUUAAGUAUUGCUUGAUUUAUUUCAUUACAGUUUCAUAAAUUUCAAUAACAGGUCUUAUACAAUUUUUAUAAAUUUAUAUCUAGGCUUUUUUUUUUUUUAAGUAUAAAUGGCAUUGAUUUUUUAACUUACAA